AUGGUGAAACUAGAUCCUUUCGAAGUUGACCAUUGGAUUCUUACUCGGGACACUGGCCCCAAGUAUAACUUGGCGCAUUCGUACUCCCUCCCUGUCACAAUAAAUGACCUCAAAUCGUUGUCCAAGGACGCAGCAGCAGAUGAUGAUCUUCUCGCCUCAGUUCAAUCCAUGCCAAUGAACUACGGCCCUUCCUUCACAGGAUUGGAGCAGCUACGUGACAACAUUGCAAACUUAUACUCAGAUGGAUCAUCAGUGCCCAUAACAUCUGACAAGAUUUUGACCACUCCUGGCGCAUCACUAGCGAACUUCAUUGUGCUCUUUGCAUUACUUGGCCCCGAAGAUCAUGUUAUCGUCCAGUAUCCCACUUACCAGCAACUAUACUCCCUUUCAGCCUCCCUUGGGGCGCAGGUUAGUCUGUGGAAGGCAAAAGAGAAUGAUAAUUGGAACCUCGACAUUGAGGAAUUAGAAAGCCUCAUCCAGCCCAACACAAGAAUGAUCGUCCUAAACAACCCACAAAAUCCCACCGGCGCAAUCAUCUCCAGAUCAAGCCUCGAAAAGAUCAUCCAAAUCGCCGAACGCCGCUCCAUAACAGUCUUCAGUGACGAGGUCUAUCGUCCUAGUUUCCACUCCAUCGCUCCAGGAGACCCGGACUACCCGCCCUCAGCCCUUUCUUUUGGUUAUGAAAAUACAGUUGUUACCAGCUCCCUAUCAAAGGCCUAUGCCCUCGCCGGAAUUCGAAUAGGAUGGAUCGCAUCGCACAGUAAACCCAUCCUCGACCUCUGUAUCAAUGCUCGCUCCUACGCCCUCAUAACAGCCAGUCAAGUCGAUGAACAGAUCGCAUCGUUCGCAUUGAGCCCCUCCUGCGUCCACAAUUUGGUGAAACGUAACACAAUGCUAGCAAAGAAUAACCUUGACAUUGUUCAAUCCUUCAUUGAGGAAUUUUCGUCGAGCUGUCAAUGGGUGAAACCAGUUGCCGGUCCAAUCGGUUUCAUCAAAUUUACUAGGUCUGGCCAUCCGGUAGAUGACGUGGAAUUCUGCACAAAGCUCCUAGAUAAGAGAGGCGUACUCCUUGUGCCGGGAAGGAAAUGCUUCGGGGAUGGGAGGAAUUUCAGCGGCUAUGUACGUCUUGGGUUUGGCGGAGAUACGGAGGCAUUGAGGGCGGCGUUGGAUGCUUUGAGGGAGUUUAUGCGUGAAGAUUACGAGUUGUUACCUCUGGCCAAUUGA